AUGGGAAAUAUUAAUACAAAGCCAAAAGCUAAGAAUAAUGCGGAAGUCGAUUUAUUGUCGUUAUUGAACCACGAUUGCUGGGAGAGAGUGAUCUCUUAUCUCGAUGUACGCAGUCAAAUUCGCAUAGCUUUCACAAGUGAUAAUUUAUAUAAAAUAUUUAAAAAUUAUGCAAGACAAAAGUACAAGCAUAUCAAUAAAGAACUUACCAAAACUUUGAGUAAACAUGAAUCGGAACACCUUUUAAAAAUUAUUGGUGAGCAUGUAUUAAGCUACCAGGCACCUGAGUGCCACGAGGAUGAGAAACGAUAUACGGAAAUAGAAUUAUUCCUGCAGAGUUCUACUGAAAGCAAAAUUCACAUUCCCUUUGUCAUAAAAAAAAGACGCAACCUGUAUAAGCAACAUUUCGAGAUGGUGAUAAAAAUGUGUCCGCAUUUGGAACUCUUUGAAUUUCGCAGUUCUCGUCUUACACGCGAUUUAAACUAUGAGAUAAUCUGCCAGCUACUCCGACUAAAGCACCUACGUCUUUGGAUUGGGUAUCCACUGCGUCCACAGUUUCUGGAGGUAUUAACUCAAAAUCCUGGCCUUCGAAUGGAAAGUCUUGCUCUGCAGGGCGUUGAACUUUCCAAGGAGCAGGUGCAACAAAUUUGUACUAUCAGCAGUUUGAAGAGGCUGGAUUUGACUUGUGAUUGGUUGCCAGUAGAGCUAUUCCUAAAAUUGCAACCGCUGGAGCACCUGAAGCUUAACAUGCCAUCCAUCCUCAAUGAGGGAUUGUUGAAACUUGUGAAAGACUUACCCCAUCUAAGUAUGCUCAACAUAUUGUGCUGCCCACUGAUAACAGAGGAUUUUGUGGUUGAGGCUUAUGCAUUUAUCAGAAAUGCAACACAGAGAGAACACAAGUUAAGCUUAAGUUUAAAUGAUUCAAAUAUUAACUGGAAAAACAUCGACUCAAGCAGCUACUAUAAUUAUAGACAUUUGUUGGAGAUAACAGAUGUCACAAAAAUGUAUAAAUAAAUGUCUCUAUUAGUAAGACUUGUAUUUCAGUUUA